AUGAUGCUCACAGCAUCGUUCUUUUCGCACCAAAUGCCGCACUACUCCGCAUACACGCCACCGCGAUCAUCACCACUCUCUGAGCGCUCUGCAAAUACAAGCCCACGGACAUUCGACUUCAGCAUGUCCUCACCCCUCAAAGAGAAAUCCGCGAUGCCACAACGCGCGUUCAAGGUCAACCCUGUGAUGCAGACGCGCGACGCCACUACAAAGCGAAGGAGGGACAUGUUCUUCAAGCGCGUGCAGAACGACCGGGAUGACAAGAAGUGGCAAUCGCGGGGUGAACAGAUCCAACAACUAGACUUCGUGUCCGAGCGCAAACGCUGGGAAGCCGAGAAAGCGCGUCAAGCACCACAAGAAAACGAUGACAUCAUCGACGACAUGCUGGACGACGCGACGCUACCUGAAUUACCAAACUAUGCGCCUCAGUACGAUCCCGAGAUGACGGAAGCCGACUACGUCGCUGCACAAGAAGAGUACGAGUUACAACAGUUGAUUGCGUCAAUGGAGCAAGAAUCGGAUGCACGGUCACAGCAUUACGGUAGCGACGAUGACGACUACGAUUCGAUAUUCAUGGAGUGCGCGACGGCGGGGCAUGAUCAAUUUCAGCAACAGCCGCGACGCGUGCAUGACGCGUUCAAUGGUGAAGACGUGAUGGAUAUGGAUAUGACGGAUGGCUGA